AAAUUAUUUGACACAGCAGGCAGUGCGCGAGUAUUCGACGUCAUAAAUCUUUUCUGCAGCAGUUUGUUGUUAAAUUUGUGCAAAAAUCGUUAUCGAGAAAAAAAACAUGCAGGAUGUCUGUUGAUGUCCAGCAAAGUGAUAUUGAGCUCCUGCUCAGGACUUUUGUGACAUCGUGCUACGUACCAACGAAGGAGGAAAAUGGGUCAAAAGAAUUCAAUCCGGUCGAAAAGUGUACGGCACUCAUGAAAUGCGACUACAAUGUGAUGGAGAUUCCCAAUGAAGAUGGGGAGCUAUGCAGCCACUACCCCAGCAAGAUAAUCAUCCCGGAAUCCGAGGCUAAUGACAACUUCAGCGAUAUGCUGAGAGCCCGGAAGCGGCCGUACAACCUCCAGAAGCUGCGUGAGACCAUCCCAAUUGCUCGUUAUGCACGAUGUCGCUCACGAUUCCCCGUUCCGGUGCUCCUCUACAAAGGGAAGCUCAUCUGUCGCUCUGCCACCAUAUCAGGAACUCCGGAGAUCUAUGGACGAUCGAGUUUCGAUUAUAUUUGGUACGGGUAUCACAUGGACUCCGCGGAAGAAGAAGCCGAAAAUGCAGCGGAGGCUCAAAAGGCAAAAGAAGCUCUGCUUGCCGAAGCAAUGCAAGAUGAGGAAGCUGAACCGGAAUCCGUCCCACGGUCAACUUCAACAGAUUGGCAACUUUGUGAUCGAGUACGGCAACAGGAUAUAAAGCUCCUCAAAGCUGUUGAUGCUGAGACAAUAAUUGAUUUUAUGGUGGAAAAGAAGAAAGUUAAAUUUGGUGUAAAUGUGACGUCGUCAGAAAAGGUGGACAAGGAGCGAAGAUAUGACGUUUUCAAAAUCAUGAGCCUUCCAUAUCCGGGAUGUGAAUUUUUCCGUGUAUUUCGGGACAAUAAUUUUAACGCUGAGGGCCUUAUUUUUAACUGGAAUCAGACCUAUGUUGAUGCUAGUAUACAUCUUCCUCCUGACGAUCAAAUCAUCACACAAUUGCCAAUUGAAUGGGCUCAGUACAAGGUUUGGGAUCUCAUAACAAUCACGCAAAACUACCUUAAACUCAUCCUUAAGUACAUUGAAGAAGGGAAUUCAGGGAUGCUGAUACACUGUAUUAGUGGAUGGGAUCGAACGCCGCUUUUUAUCUCCCUGGUGCGCCUCUCUCUGUGGGCCGAUGGGUUGAUACAUCAAUCACUCAAUCCGCUGCAGAUGCUGUACUUCACAAUUGCAUACGAUUGGUAUUUGUUUGGGCACAAUUUGCCGGAUCGUCUCAAGAAGGGCGAGGAUAUUUUCUUUUUCUGCUUCUACUUUCUCAAGUACAUCGUCCACAGUGAUUAUAGCUUGUUGGACGAGAGGGCAAAGAGUAAGGCGAGCAGUACAGGAAGCUCCACCGCUCUAUGGCCUGAGAAUGAUAGCAAACUGGAUAAUUUACUUGAGACUGAAAAUCGUGGAUCAACAUUCUCACUCAAUUCAAUAUCAAGUUGCAAAAGCAACAAUGACGAAUGUCUUAAUGGGAAUCAAAACUUUCCAUGGACAACUGUUACAAUGGAUGGGAGCGUUAUUCAGCUAGGUUCACCACCUCAUUCACCAAAUAAUUCAAAUGCCAGCAAUCGCGAAAGUGCCUAUUCUCCACCCUAUAAAAGUCGAACCAGUCCAGUUUCCGUGCCUACCAGCAAUGUAAUGCAGCGUCAGCACCAUGAUUCGUCUUCCUCCGCGUCCGUGGGCAGUUGGCAGAUGAUUUCUGGUACAGGGAGUGUGCGUUCCGUGGGUAGUGACUUUAGCGGUGCCAACAAUCCCAAUGCCAAUCACAAUGACUCCACAGCCACACUCAAAGCCAAUGGCAAACAAGCGGCCAAUGAAUUGACAAAAAUGCGAACGGAAAAAAUUGAGAAAAUCCGUGAAACAUUCUACACAAUCUACUGCACUGAGGUACCAAAUUUCAGUAAUGGCCAAUACGGCAAAGGAAUUGUUGGGAAUUUUCUUGAUACACUUUGCUAAAACAAAGAAAAAGAGAAUGGAAGUGUGGACGUAAAAACUUGCGGUUUCCCUCCUACAAAAUGAAGCCUUUCUAAUGAUAAUUCUUUUAUGUUCAACAAUGUUCCUCCUGUGGACGUUUUUUUUGUAUUUCAAUUUCUGUUAAAGACUCCCAAUUGUUCUUCCUCGACUAAAAGCAACAAAAAAGCAAUAAAUUCAACAACAAAAAAAAUACUUAAUGAGGGAAAAAAAGGAGCGGGAGAUGACUUAAAUUCUCUACUACUAACCAAUGUUUUUAUUAAUAAGAUUUGCUACUCUUUUAAACGAAAAAAAAAAAAAAAAAUGAAAUAAAAAAUCCGGAAGAAGCCCUACACUUCAGAGGGUAUUUUGGUGAAGCAGUAAAUACCAUCCAUAGCAAUCUCCUACGAGAAAACCCAUUAAUUCCAAAACUAGUAUCCCGUGAAGCUCCAUGGCUCCUCGAAGAGGAAUGGGUAGACCUCUCCCUUACCGCUUUCCACCUUAAAACGGCUCCAGAAAUAGAGGUGAAGGGAUUUUUUGAUGAGCUUUGCUCUAAACUCAAUGUUACCCACUCCCAGAUGGUUUUCACCGAUGGAUCGGCAGAUGACAAAAAGAAAGGCCUUGCUGUCACUUCCAUGAACACCAAUAUAGUAAACUACAAAUGUGAUGAUGAGUACAACAUAUUUGAGCUAGAAUGCAAAGCCAUCAGUCUGGCCGUCGAACACUGCAGCGAAAUCCCUGAUGUGGUCUGGGUAAUCUUUUCUGAUUCACUAUCCUGUCUUCUCGGAAUUCUCAACAUCAAAAACUCUCACCCCACAAUCUCUAAAAUUAGAUCCUCACUAAUAUCCUCAGGCGGGAGGAUAAAAUUGGCCUGGAUCCCCAGUCAUAAAGGAAUUGAAGGAAACACGAAAGCUGACCAGGAAGCAAAAGAAGCAGCAAAUAAAAUCUCACAGGAUCUCAGCGAAAUUCCCCUAAGUGGGCUGCUCUCUAAAAUAUUCUCCCACACCUCCCGUAUCCACGAAGAGUGGAUCACGGAAAGCACACAAGGAAUGGGGUCCUUGAUGGGAUACUCCACUGAUGGGCUAGAAACCGCACCCGAAUUGUCGAGGAAAGAACAGACGAUCAUCGGGAGACUGAGGAUCGGACACACACGCCUCACUCACAACUUCAAAAUGGUGCGAGGAGGACAACCUCCCCAAUGCGAAAUCUGCAACGACGUCCUGGACGUCAUGCACCUCCUUAACGUGUGCAGAAAAUACUCCGACCACAGAAGCAGAAUCCUUGGCAAUUUUGAUUAUAUAAAAUGUCUAAAAGAGCCUGACUAUCACAUAAAAAUAAUCAAACUCAUAGAUGCCAUGGGGCUCUCCGCUGAAAUCUGAGUAGGGAAAUUCCAGGGUGCACUCCGACAGGUUGACUGGGUGCACACCUGGACCCGCCUUUCCCAACUACACUCAAAUAUUUUCGUCUUUUUUUCCAAUUCAUUUUCAAUUAUAAAUUCCACCCACAUUGUCCUCAUUCACAACUUUCCAUGCACAUCCUCCAUUCAAAACCUUGCAGCCACAACACUAAAAUGCCACACAAAACGUCUCCACACAAAAACAUACACACAAAAACGAAGGCGAUAUGAAGAAAGCCUUUACCAGUAGCAGUAGUAGUAGUAGUAAACGAAAAAAAAUCCUUUUGUGUUCACUUUUAAUGGUCUUCUGAAUGAAAAAAAAACAAUGUUAAAGGACCUCCCUUAACUCACAUGAUUUUGCGGAUAAGACGAUAAUCUAGUCGAGGAUGGGAAGAAUGUUGAGAAAAUGUUUUAUGUAUAUUUUUUUUUCAAAUUUUUCAAUGUUUUAUUUUCAAUAAUUGAACUUUUUACACACCAUUGAAGUGUUCUCUAAUGUUUAAGAAAAUUUUCUUUAUGUAAGACGAAAAAAUGUUAAAAACUAAUAACGAAUAAUUGAAAAAAAAUCAGCCGAUAUUAUGGGAAUAAAUUCUUUUAAAAAAUAA